UGUCCAGCAAGUAUGGGCCAACAGCUACUCCUUUGACCCCAGCCUAUUUGAAAAUGGCGAUGUGUGGUGGUAGGACUUUGGUUGCUGGGAGGUUUCUUGGCAAAUUAUCACAUAAACACUAUGACGUUCAGAGAUGUCUGGCCACAGCCACGGGCAGGAAACUCCAAGACAAGACUGGGAAGAACAUAGUGUUCGUUGACGGCGUGCGGACGCCUUUUUUGCAGUCCGGCACAGAUUACUCCCGCCUUAUGGCCAUUGAUUUGGCGAAGCAUUCGCUCUUGGGGAUCGUGCGCAAGACCGGGGUCCCCCACGAGGCGGUGGACUACAUCACGUACGGCACGGUGAUCCAGGAGGUGAAGACCAGCAACAUCGGGCGGGAGGCGGCGCUCGCCGCCGGUUUCCCGUACAGCACGCCGGCCCACACCACCACCAUGGCCUGCAUCAGCUCCAACGCCGCCAUGACCACGGGGGUGGGCCUGAUAGCGGCAGGGGUGUACGAGACGGUGCUGGCCGGAGGGGUGGAGUUCAUGUCGGACAUACCCAUCCGGCACUCGCGCAAGAUGCGCAGCCUGAUGCUGCAGGCAAACCGCGCCAAGAGCCUGCAGCAGAAGCUGAAGCUGCUGCUGUCGUUCCGGCCGUCCUUCCUCGUGCCCGAGCUGCCCGCCGUGGCAGAGUUCUCGUCCGGGGAGACCAUGGGCCACUCGGCGGACCGUCUGGCUGCGGCCUUCAAGGUUUCCCGGGCGGAGCAGGACCAGUACGCCUUGCGGUCUCACAUGCUGGCCCAGCAGGCCCAGGAGAAGGGCUACCUCACGGACGUGCUGCCAAUUAAAGUGCCUGGCGUGAAGAACAUGAUCUCGAAGGACAACGGGAUCCGGGUGGCGACCCCGGAGCAGCUGGCCAAGCUCAAGCCGGCCUUCGUGAAGCCACACGGCACCGUCACGGCGGCGAACUCAUCUUUCUUGACAGAUGGUGCGUCUGCGUGUCUGAUCACGACCGAGGCGAAGGCGAAGCAGUUGGGUCUGAAGCCGAAAGCCUACCUGAGGGACUUCCUGUACGUGUCCCAGGAUCCCGUGGACCAGCUGUUGUUGGGGCCGGCGUAUGGAAUCCCGAAAUUAUUGGAGAAAGCGGGCUUGAAACUACAGGAUAUUGAUGUGUGGGAAGUGCACGAGGCUUUUGCUGGCCAAAUCCUAGCCAAUCUGAAAGCCAUGGACUCUGAUUGGUUCGCCCAGAACUACAUGGGACGAAGUGCCAAGGUUGGCGUGCCUGACCUGAACAAAUUUAACUCUUGGGGCGGGUCUCUCAGUUUGGGCCACCCAUUUGCUGCCACAGGUGUGAGGUUGACCACGCACUCUGCCAACAGACUGAUCAAAGAGGACGGACAGCUGGCAUUCAUAGCGGCGUGUGCGGCCGGCGGACAGGGAGUGGCUAUGAUAGUGGAACGACACCCAGAUGGCAAGCUCUAAACAGGUGCUGUGUAAUAAUUGGUUGCACAAGUUACUGUUUACUACUAAAUUUAAGAUUAUUAUUUAAAUACAUAAUGUCUUUUUUCCUACCUAUGUUCAUAGAAUAGUUAAAGCGUUUGCAAGCAGUCAAGAAACUGGACACAUACUGUUGCUAGAAUUUUAAUGGUAUUGUAAAGUUAUUCAAAUGAGAUUAUGUUGCCUCCAUCACCUAGUAUAUUCAUAAAGCUUUGUGAAAACAUUCCUGGAGCUUGGUGGAGAGUGAUGUAGUAUGAACAUCAUACCAAAAAUAUAUAUUUUUUUUUUAAAUUUAAAUUCUUUCUAUCACACAAUUUAAAAAUAGUCAUUCUGGUUUAUAAUAAUUAGUGGUUGAGCUGUGGUGAUUAAUGACUUUAUUUAAAAUUUAGGUAUUCCUGUAGGAUCACUAAUCAGCAUUUGUUAUAAUGGUGUCGUGUGUUGAAAACAUAAGACUAAUAAUAGUUUACUACUGUAUCAGUUAAUAUGAGACAUUAUUUUGUUACAAGUAUGAUUUUUAUUAUUUAGUAAGCAAGUUCUGUUAGUAAAUACAAAGUGUGUAAAUUACAAUUACAAGAUUAGAAUUUUUUCUUGCUAAUGUGUAUGUACAUAUCUUAAUGACCAAAUUAGUUUUUAUAACUUUACUGAAAUGAUGUUUGUUAAAUAGAUAAGUGAACUUGUGAGAUUGCUGUUUAUAUUUUUACAUGGUUAAAUAAAAAUAACUUUAAAUUAAUACCUUCUGAUAUUUUUGUAGCUUUUUAAAUCUGUCAAACCAUUGUGUUGUAAAUUUAAAAUACUUAAAAUGUAGAUGCGCCAUAGUAGACCACUGUGUGGCUGUAUUUUUAGUAUUUUUUGCAUGACUUUCACCAGAAGAAAAAUUUAGAGGCAGAGCAUGUAAUUUCAACUAAGCUCUUCCAGUAGCUGAUGCAGUUAGUGGAAGAAUUACAAAACAUGUACACAUCAGCUUUUCCCUCAUCACAUCAAAUCUCCACCAUUUUCCAGUUUUUCACUGUUGGAAGACACCCUGACUUAUCUUGAAAUUGUGAUAAACUGUGUUUUAGUUCAGCAAAAUUGCGAACCCUUUUUCUGCUAAUUUACUAUGGAAUCCAGAACCAUUAUUUACGCUUACAUAAUUUGUUUUUGCGUCACAAUGUCUGUUUUGUGGUAGUGGUAUUUUGAUUGUGACUAUCAAUUUAUAUGCCUUUGCAACUAUUGCGUUCACUUAUUUUAAUCACCAUUGUAAAGGAGUGUGCAUAUUUUGUGCUCCAUGGUUGUUAAUUUUUUAUAUUACUCGUUCGUGACAAAUACAAAUAAUAGUUUGUUUUCAAGUUGGAAAAGUCACAAAUAGUUUUUUUUUUUUUUUUUAAUCAUCCGCACAUUUUUUUCUGCUAUGGUUUCGCUAGACAGAUUGUAUGCGGUCCCAGUCCCAUUAAAACAACUAAA